AUUCGAGAAAAAUCAUGUGGAGUGCUUUCUAUACUUAGUAGUCGAUGGAAGCCUGUGUGAUACGGAAAAUCAUCGUCCGGUCCGGAACAUCCGUAUCGAAGUUAUCGUGACCCUGGUAUGACUCUGAAAAGCUCGUAUCUGACAAUAUAGACGGUGGUCAGUCGGGAAAAAUCCAUUAGUCGCAGUCUGAUGUCCCACCAUGGUUUGGCUCUUUUCAAUACCGUCAGGGGGAUAGCCAGAAAGUAGACGAUCAUACAAUCAAGUGGGGAGUUUACCCGCACACUGGCAAAAUUCCUUCCUUUGAAUUGUAUAUCAGCAUGGCGUCUGGUGGCUCCCUCUCGUCUGCGGACAUUUUGAGUGCUAAUUGCCCAAACGAGAUUAAGAAGGAAAGGAACAUUGAAGAAGCAUUUUCACGCUUCACACUGACUAAAGAUUAUCAAGUAGUAGACCUCACCGAGUCAAAGGUUGCUAACACAGACAGUGCUUGUCUUCAACCGAGCAUCAAAAUGCUUCAAAGAGACAAUGGUGACAGCGACAUGCUAGUUGAAAACCAAGAGUUUACUAAACACAACGACAGGAGAGUUAACGGCUUUCUGUGCAAUGUAAGUAAUGGCGAAGAUGUGUAUGACUCCCCGGUAGACCAAAAGGAAGAUAGUGGGGGGAAACCUCCUGCAAUUAAUGUUCAAAAGGACAGCAGCUUUCUCGCAUCUCACGUAGAUUUGCAAAAUCGGAAUUGCACAAAGGAAGAUAACAAAACGACCGUGCUAGGUGUGGAAAAUGGAACAUCUGACACCUUCUCGUGCACAUCACCCAAAGAGGUAUUUGGCGAAGGCCAUGUGGAGAAUGGAGACAAAACUGGCACUAACCAUAAUGUUGAUGAUACUCCGGUGACAGCCCAAACAAAAAAGCACGAAAAUGCACGUGGCAGUCGAGACCUUCAACAAACUCCAUGUAGCCAGUUAGCCUCAUACCUACUUCAGGGUUGUAAUGGGGGAAGUAAAACCUAUCAGGGACAAGUGAUCGUGACGGAUCCGUCGAAGCGUACGUUUGAUAUCAAAGAUGGUGCCACCGUUCAGAUUGAUCAAGCGCGUGAAGUCGUUGUGAAAGAGAAGGCGACAGUGAAAGAUUCAUCUGCAAUACUACUGGGAAAAAACAAUUUGCUUUGUCUGCCGUCAUCAAGCCGAGAUACAGACAUGUCGUCGACGGCUGCUUCUGAACCCCCCUCCCAGACUAGCAGCAAAGAACUGCAUUCCUCUAUCAGCAAUGUACGGAUAGGAAACGUUGAUAAGGUAGUUGUGCUCUGGGACUUUGAGUUUGACAGUUGUAACGGGAUACAGAUUGGAGACGAGAACGUGACUAAGGUGGUGAAUCGUGAGGAUUCCGCCGACUCAAACCCUGAUUUUGUAAAUGCUUGCAUCGAUCUGGAUAUGGAUGACCGUGACGAAGAUGACAUAUUUGAGAAGCUGGGAGAUGUAGAUCGCCUUCGUUUUCCAGGAGAAUGGCUUCGCGGGGCGGAGCUAAUGUUGAAAUUGAGGGCGCUACGAGGGGUUGCAUUUUGUUGAAGAUGAAAGUACCAACUGAGGAAGAUCGACUGCAACUUAUCCAAAUGGUCAAGGAUGGAACCUUUAAGGAAGUCUUUUUGGAAACGUUCUUGCCGGAUUAUGCAAAGCGUGGGAAGGAUGUGCGUGUCAACCUCGCCAUUGCAAUUACGAAUCCGUCCCAAAAGGUUGUCGACGAAAUGCACGGGGCAUCCGCCACAAACGGUACCAGGGAUGUGGUGGUGGUAGAGGUUAAUGGUCCUCCAACCACACCCGGAAGCUCGGGAACAUCAUCUCCAUUGCCCCUAUCAGCAUCACCCGGAGAAACAGAUGGUAAAUGUGCAUCACAGUCUGGAUCAGACAUGGACUCAAAUGGAGGACCAUUCAAGGACAUGCAUCCAUUUGACGUUGACAUUGCCCCCCACGAGAGUAUUCCGGAGAGGCCUGCACGACUUGUCAUCUUCCCUUCCCACAUCAGCGACGUCAAGAGAUACAAGCAGAAACUACAGAAAGACGUCAACAGGAGAGGAGGGGGGCAGAUAGCCACCAUAAAGAGAGAGAUGCGUCAGCUCCCAAUGGUUGUGAAACUGAAGGAACUGGAUAAUUUCAGCCACUUGCAGUUAGGGUUCAGGUUCGAGGUCUCCCAACAGUCGUAUUUCUUCGGUUGCAACGAGGGGGGAGAGGAGAUGAACAACUUGGUGAGCUCGUAUCGACACGACAGGAGGAACAGUAUCUUCCAAUUUUCUGACGGAAAGAUGAUCUGCUUGCCCGGGUCAGCGCCUCAAGGAAGAAAAACACCAGGUCACAGGUGUCUGAGAAGACUGAGAAGUGAAUCGCACCUGCCCAAAGGGAACAGACAUCAUGUUCUUCAGCGCCAAGUUAGUGCCCCAGCAAUGGUGUUCCCUCCUGAAGAUAUGGAGGCUUUCAGUCACCAUGAACAUAUCGACCCUCCGCUAGAUCUCAAUGGACCUCCCAUUCCUGAUAGGCCACUCCCUCCCACUCCCGUACAUGAGCCUGUUCCCCCCCUCCCUCCAAAGCCUAGUGUCAGUUGUGAGGAAAGCAGUGGGUCUCGUCCAUCCACAGACGAAGGUGGUACCGUCAAUCUCUAUUCAAAUGAGUGGGCAGCCAGAAGGUGCACAGAGGAACUGCAGGGGGGAGUGAAGUUGAACAUAGGCAUCCUCGCUGCCAAGCCCCAGCUAGGGCAGACCUGGAUUGUGUAUGUGCUGAUCUACCAACAAGGGGUGUCCUUUAAGGAAGUGAAAGAACAAAACUUCCCAGAUAAAGUGGACAUAGUCUGCCCUCCUCGGGCAUUCCAAGUGGUGCAGCAUCUGUCAAUCAAUGCAGAGGUACCCAACGGAUGGAUCACAGAGGAAGUUUUUAAGGAAAUCCGUUGGGAGAGUUUUGAUAAGCUGGAGGACCACUACAUCCAUGAGAUCUGCAUUAGCCACAACAGUACUGACCAGAAACAGUUCCAUGGGCGGAUCCAUGUUCGGCAGGGUCUCAUCAAAACUCUCACCCUCAACAUCAUCACCAAUUUUUCACUCUACGAACGAGUUGGGCAGAGGAGGGAAGACGAACCCUUGUAUGAUUUGAAGGACCCUGUCACCUGUGGGAACGGCAGGGGUAAGAAGGGAUUCCUGCAGCAACUAUCCAAGCGCAAAGAAUUCUGCAACCAGAUGGAUCAAAUCAACAUGUUCGGCAAUGACUAUAGAUUACUAGGGGAGAAGAUCGGACUGGACUAUCAGGCCCUCCUGGCCAUUGACAGCCGCUGCAGCAGGUCUGCCAGUGGGCUGCUGUCCCCUACAGAGCUGGUGCUGUGUGAGUGGGAGAGGGGGAGAUCCACAGUACCCUUCAGUCAGGAGGCUCUGGUGGGGAUACUACACGACAUGGGACGGCCAGACAUCAUCCAGGACAUGGGCUUACAAGUUCCAAAACUGAGGGAUUUUGCAGUAGACGGGACAACAGCAAACACCAUCCGUGUGAGAUGGAAACCAGACACAGAAGACAUCACUGACUGCACCAUCAAACUCAGGCCUGCUGGCGGACAACACUGCUGGACCAGAGCGGCCUGUAUAAAGAAUAACGGUACCAAAACCCUCCAGCUGGAGAACCUGGAACCGGAGACGGAGUACGACAUCCGCAUUCAGCCCUCGUUUCAGAGAGUCGACGGGGAGUGGGCGGAGAUCAAGGCAAGAACUGUCGCUGUGAUGGCGGAGGAAGGGAAUGGGGAUAAAGAUGUACAGUAGGAUGGAGAUGAAGAGGAACCACCUGAUGAUCAUGAUGGCAUGGAUGAAGAGCAGCAGGAAUGAGCUGAAAGUAAUACUGAAGGAGGCAAAGGAGGCCUAGGGAAAGAGAAAAAUCAAUACGUUUUUGCAAAUUUUUGCCCAAGG